AUGCCGAAGUCAUCCAAGCAGACCUACACGUCCCAGACGAGUGCACAAAGAUUGUGGCUCGCGCCACCACCAUCUUCUACAUCGGACCCCUUCCACCCUCACGAAGUCACAUUCGGGAUGAACAUGAUCGACGCUGCCGUGCGCGAAUCGAAAACCCAAGCGUCACCUUCCAGACACUUUAUCUUCAGCUCGGCCCUCCAUCCCGAGUUCACCAAGCUAGUGCACCACUCCCGGAAGGCCACGAUCGAGGAAUACCUCACCGAAUCCGGACUGCCAUACACCAUCCUCCAGCCUAGCGCGUUUAUGGACAGUUUCCUGGGCCAGCUCAUUUACCGAGAGAAGACCUGGGCAGCAGCGCCUACGUUCAGAGCGCCUUUUAACCCAGACGUCCCUAUGUCGUUCUCCUGCCUGGCCGACCACGCGGACGUGGCUGUUGAGAUCGUUAGCGAGGUGUUUGGCACGACGUGCGGGAUCCAUGAAGUACCAUUCGAGCCGGCGGCCAAGAUGUUUGUGGCUUUGACGUGGGGGCAAGGCCAGGGCGUAGGUCAGGAACUCAAGGACGGACCGGAGCAUAUGCUGUUGUACUAUGAGAGUCGCGGGCCCUAUGGGCACCCGGGCGUGCUGGAGUGGUUGUUGGGUAGGAGGGCGAAUACGCCCGCGGACAUGGCGAGGUUGAAAUUGGAGGAGACCAAAUGA